UUGUUGUGUAAUCAACAUCCUUUUGUUCUUUUGUGUAAUCAAUGGAAGGUGAAGAAGGCAAAAAAUCUCCCCAAAAGACCCCAUCACACAGUCAACUUGAGCAAGUUGACUCUGAUUUUGUUCUAGCAUUUGGCUUGCAAGAGCAAGAUGGGACAUUCACAACUUUUGCAACAUUUGAAAGUGAUAGUGAGAGUGAAUCCUCUUUUGGCAAUGAUGAUGAUGAUGGCGGUGAUGAUGCUGAUUUUUUCCUGAGCCAAGAGUUUGAAACCGACCUUCGGUUUCUUGAGAGUGAAGGAAGCAAUGAUGAUGAUUAUGAUGAUGAUGAAGGAAUGGAAGGAGAUGUUAUUGAUGUGGAUGAGUUGACUUAUGAAGAGUUGAUUGAGUUGGGUGAUUUUAUAGGAAAAGAGAAGAGAGGGUUAUCACCUAAUGAAAUUUCUUCAUGCUUGCAAUCUUGCACUUUCAAUGCUGCUGAAAACAAAAGUGGAAUUGAUCUUUGUGUGAUUUGUCAGGUUGAAUAUGAAGAAGGUCAGGCCUUGGUGGCAAUUCAAUGUGAACACCCUUAUCAUACAGAUUGCAUAAGCAAGUGGCUUCAAAUUAAGAAGGUUUGCCCAAUAUGUAGCAGUGAAAUUUCAGUUCCCAAAAGGGUUAAUUAA